AUGGCGAGCUUCGCAAGAGGCUUCCGCCUCGUCCACAGCCCUUGGGCCACCUUGACUCCACGAACUCUUCUCCCAGACGUCUCCUCCGCCCAGUCCCGACUCUUUACAACUUCACUUCGACUACGAGCAUCUACAGCGCCGAAACCUCAACCUAAGCUCCGUAAAGACAUCACCCCGAAACCGACAGCGAGCCAAUCGAGUUCUUCUCCACUUCCCUCAGCUUCAGCAGCUCCCAGCCGAUAUGCCUUUGUCAAGAACUUGGCGUCAAAACCUACACCAACCCUGUUGUACGAGGCGCCCUCACAUUUCUGGUUCUACUUUGGAUGCUGGUCGAGCGGUUUGACCAUCAUCACUUGGACGGUGCUGACGGGCCCGACUGCCGUUCAGCAGCCAGAAGGCGUCCCGGUGUGGGUUGGCUAUACUCUUGGAGCCUCGUAUGCCCUGCUUGGAGCCAUGGGCUUCUAUCUGCUUUCCAAGACUCCCAAUAUCGUUAGCAGUAUCCGUGUGCUGCCACCAGUUCAAGCGGCCGGCCAGACUACUGCGCGACCAGGAAUAGCGUCUGCCGUGCCCCAGCUCGAAGUCAAGGUCAAGCGCAUGUUUCCGAUUCUGAACCCCAAGGUCAUUACGACACCACUAGAUAAUGUCGCACUUAAAACUCGAUUCUCGCUUCCAAGCGAGUAUGUUCCGGAGCUGAGACGAAUGGAGAUGCAGCUUGAAGAGGAGGCUCGUAAGAGGGCAUUAUGGAAAUUUGACACCGAGCAUCUCCUCACUAUGCCUUUCAGGAGGAUUGGCCGUGCGUUUAAGAAUAUGUUUAAUGGAGUAAGAGCAGCAUGGACCGAUGUGGGAUACGGCAUCAUCAAGGUGGACGGGAAGCAGUACAAAGUGGACGUUACAAGAGGAUAUGCCCACGAUGGGUUCCGAACGUUGGAGCGUAUUGUAAACAUCGGUUUCAAAUGA